UAGUUUCUUCUCUCUUUGGGUUCUCUCUCUAGUUUCUUCUCUCUUUGGGUUCUCUCUCUAGUUUCUUCUUUCUCUGUGUCAAUUUAUCUCUCCUCUUUUUGCAUGUAUAUCGACCAGGUGGAGGGGAAAGGAAUUCGAAUAUGAGCAACAUACCGAGCUCUCUUUGUGAAGUUUGCCUAAAGCUGUUCAAACUUGCAAUCUCAGGAGCCGACCCUUGGCCUUUCUCUCUCUACCCCUUCGUCUUCCAAUAACCAAGAGCCAAUAAUUCUCUCUCUAGAUUUGAUGUUCGACGCCUCGAUCCAAGCCGCUAUGGGUGGAGAUAAGCACCACCACCACCUGCACCUCCACCUCCUAAGUUUCCAUCUCCACCAUCAUGGGAAGAAAGAGGAAUCUCUCUCUAGAACGAUUCCGAAGGGUUAUCUGGCUGUUAUGGUGGGGGUGGGUGGUGAACAAGAGCGGUUUGUUAUUCCCGUUGCAUAUUUUAACCACCCGUUAUUUGUCCAGCUCCUUAAAGAGGCCGAAGAUGAGUAUGGGUUUGAACAAAAGGGAACCAUAACAAUACCAUGCCAUGUUGCUGAGUUCAGGUAUGUUCAAGGCUUGAUCGAUAAGGAAAUGGCGCCUCAUACCCAUCAGGUUGGGUGCUUUCGGGCUCUCAAGGCACGCUGAUUCACUUAUUCCUAAACAUCUUGGGCUAUGGUUUAUCUGAUGCUCUCUUGCUUUUGAUGAUCCGAUCUUGAUGAUGACGACAAUUGUAUUCUGUAAUGAAUUUUCCCUGUUUGUUUUCUUCUCUUUUUGAUAAAUUUAUUACGAAUUGUAAAGGAGAGAGAAUGAAUGGAUUUCAAGAUUUUCUAGUCUU